AUGGGCCAUCUACAGAAUGCUAAUGCCUCUAAGGUGACUGAAUUCAUCCUUGUUGGAUUUUCCCAACAGCCUCAAAUCCAGACUGCCUUCUUCUUAGGACUACUGCUAUUCUACUUGGUCACAAUAUUUGGAAACAGCCUUAUCAUUGUUGCAAUCAGAUGGGAUUCUCGACUUCACACACCCAUGUAUUUUUUUCUCAGUAACUUGUCAUUCCUUGAUAUCUGUUACUCCACCAGCUGGAAGCCAUAUGUCUUGACCCAAUGCUUCAGAGACUUCCCCACCAUCUCUUAUGCUGCCUAUUAUGCCCAGAUGACCAUAUCCCUCUUUCUGGGAAUGACCGAGUGUCUCCUCCUUGCUGUCAUGGCUUAUGAUAGGUUUGUUGCAAUCUCCAGUCCCCUGCGCUACACCAUCAUUAUGAACAAGCGGGUCUGCAUACAGUUGGCCUUGGGAACCUGGGCCAGUGCCUUCUUAGUUGCAGUCACGCCCAUUAUUGCAAUUCCUGCUCACUAUUGUGGGCACAAUGUUAUCAACCAUUUCACAUGUGAGAUCCAGGCCCUAUUAAAACUUGUCUGCUCGGAUACCCCACUUGAUAUGAUUCUGGGUCUUGUUAUCAGCGUAUUCACAUUGCCCCUGCCCUUCACCUUGAUCCUCAUCUCCUACACUCGCAUUGCGGUUGCUGUGUUGAGGAUCCGUUCUGCAGAGGCCAGGCUCAAAGCUUUCUCUACCUGUGGAUCCCAUCUGACUGUGGUCACCAUAUUUUAUGGGACAGCCAUCUACAUGUACUUGAAACCUCAGUCAAAGGAGUCCCAGGAACAGGACAAAGUCUUCUCAAUAUUUUAUGGAGCAGUUACUCCCAUGUUAAAUCCCCUCAUUUACACCCUGAGAAAUAAGGAUGUAAAAGGUGCACUUAGGAAAUUAGCCAAAGGAAAUGAAAAGUCCUAA